AUGAAAAACAAGGUUUAUCUAAAAUAUAUUAAUCAAAUAAACUUGAAAUUUUCACCAUUUUCACCUUCUUCUAAAGCUACUAGAAUAUUCCUUGCUCGUGUUAUGAACAAUAAAUUAUCUGAAGAAAACCCAAAGAUUGUUAUAAAUACAACUUUAUUAACUGAUGUAAAUGAGGAACCACAAAUAAGUGUGACUUAUCGUGAUGGCAAAAAACUUGAAUUAUUUCCUGGAGAAAGAAAUAUUGACGAAGUUUUACAAAUUGUUGGUAAACAUUUAAGAAAAUUAAAGGAAAAAGAAGAAUUUACAAAUUAA